GGCGGAGCGGCAGCCGGAAAAAGCCGGAGGAGAGGACGGGGAAUCGCGGGGCUGUGGCGCUGCCUGAGCCCGCAGCACCCCGGGAGCAUCGGCCCCAUCCUGCAGGAUUUCCCAUUCCCAACCCUUGGCUGCAUGGAGAAAGUGGCUGCAAGGAAGAGUAAGAUGCCCCAGGACACCCAGGCAGGGGAGGAGGAAACAAGGAGCUGAUGAUGGAGACCAGGGAGGACAAAUGCCCUCAGCAGAGCCUUGUGGAAGAGGCCAUUUUGAGCAGCUCCAUGGCGCAGGAAUCCAAUGGGGAGGAAAAGCCCCAGAGAUCCCACAGGAGGAGGGGCGGCAAACCCAGCCCAGGGUGCUCUGAGGAGGAAAGACUCACCCUGUGCGAGGAAGGUGGACAGAGCUUCAGCCAGAGCUCACAGCGGGUGGCCCCUGAGCAGGUUCACGAUGGGGAGAAGCCCUACAAGUGCUUGGAGUGUGGGAAGAGCUUCAGGCAAAGCUCCAAACUGAUCCGCCACCAGAUGAUCCACACUGGGGAAUGGGCUUACGAGUGUGGGGAGUGUGGGAAGGGCUUCAGCUGCAGCUCAGAACUCAUCAGGCACCAACGCAUCCACACCGGGGAGAGGCCCUAUGAGUGUCCCGAGUGUCAGAAGAGGUUUUACACGAGCUCCAGCCUCCUCCUGCAUGAGCGGAUUCACACGGAUGAGAGGCCCUUCCGCUGCCCCGACUGUGGGAAGGGCUUCAAGUACAGCUCCUCCCUUGUCUCCCACCGGCGCAUCCACACUGGGGAGAGGCCCUACAAGUGUGGGGAAUGUGGGAUGAGCUUCAGCUGCAGAUCCCACUUGAUCAGCCACCAGAGGAUCCAUACUGGAGAACAGCCCUAUGAGUGUGGGGAAUAUGGGAAGAGUUUCAGCUGAAGGUGCCAACUGAUCAUCCACCAAAUGAACCACACUGGGGAGAGACCCUACAAGUGUUCCAAGUGUGGGAAGAGCUUUAGCCAGAGCUCUACCUUGACCCAACACCAAUGGAGGCACGGCUAAAGGAAGCCUUGUGAGUGCCCUGACUGCAGGAAGAGCUUUGUACCCUGCUCCAACUCCAUCCUCCAUGGGAGGACCCACAUUGGUCAGAGCCCUGGUGACCCACAUUCCCAGUGAUCUCUGCUGAGAAGACACCUGCAAGGUGGUCUCCACAUCAUCCUGGAUCCCCAUAGACAACUGGUGAACUCAGCAGGAAUAUCCCUCAGGACUCUGAUCAACAUUGGAAAUUAGUUGAGAAGAGCAGUUUCUUUGACUUUACAGCCCAAAAAGUCUCACCUGCUCUGUCAUUUUUUCUGCUGAUGGCAUCAAGCAACAAUGGAUGAUCUUGGAGAUCUUUUCCUACCUGAAUAAUUUCCAUGUUUAUCCCAUCAAAACACCUGGAAUUGGAGUUAAAAUAAAGAAAGUAAGCAAAGAGA